AUGAGCGGCCCAACAGCUAAGAGCAAGAGAGGGCCGACGGUGCUCAUGACGGAUGCUCGCGACGCGAAACCUCGAGCACCUCAACGACCCGCUGCCCUCCAGAGACAAGCCACGGGCGCACGAUUGAUUUCUGUCGACAACAUCCUGCAAUACGCCUCCGACAUUCCUUCGCAACAGCAACGAGGCCCACCGGGCAAUCGACCCAUGAAUCACACGCGCACCCCCAGCGGUCGACACCCUCUCGAUCCUAGGUUGACUGGCCGACUGAUUCCCCAGCACAUGCCGACGCGAUCCAGCAAGCUCAGCGAAAAGCUUGUCCUGCUACCCGAGACCGAAGGCCAAGACGACGAUGAGAAGGUAGACUUUGACGAGGAUGAAUACGAGGGCCCGCCUACAGAUGAGGAACUCGCAAGACGAACUGCCAAGGGUGGUCCCAACGACAAGAGUUACGCGGAGCGGCUGCCCAAAGCCAAGAGGACGGACAAGCUCUCGCGUGUCACGGCCUACUGCACCGCGCAAGCAUACAAGAUGAAAAGCACCGCCGAAUUCGUAAAGGACCAACACCAUGCGCGCACCAAGCUGUAUGAUGACUGUCUCUACACGGUAUACCAUCUUCCGUUGCUGCCAGGUAGCGACGGUUAUCGCGUCCGGAGUAGUCCUGCGCUGAAAAGCCCGGGCGGCAAGACCGUCCUGGACGAGGAGAUUGAGCGAAACGAGCAGCGCGAUCAUCAAGAGGGCUACUUUGGCGAUGAGGAGACGUACUAUGUGCGUGACGACCAUGAGCUAGACCAACCCUACGAUCGCAGCCAAAACCGUCGGGACUCGACGGAGAACUCAAGAGUUGCGCCCAAUGCGCUGACCUUUGGUGAGAUGUUUGUCUUCUCAUACGGUGUAGUUGUUUUCUGGAACUUUACCGAAAAGCAAGAAAAGGAUAUCCUCGCCGACCUCACCUUUUCCGCAAAUGCCACCGGCAUCUCCAUCGCAACACGGCCUCUGACCGAAUCCGACUUUGAGACUGAAGAGUUCCACUUUGAAUACAACCCGGAUAUUCAGCGGCCUCGUGUCUACAACGACAUGAUUACUUUGAAGAGCGGAGACCACAUGAUCAAGCUCGCCAUGAGCCACGCCAUCGCACAGAGCACAAAGCUCAGUCUGUUCGAAGAGGGCAUGAACCGAACCAUGCUGGCCGCACAAUACGUCCCGAAGCGCCUAGCACUGACAGGUAAACUGGGUAUGCGAAGAACCGACGUCGUCAAGAUGAUUGGCCAACUCUUCACCAGCCGUGUAGACGUAAACCUCUCCUCAAACAUGCUCGACACCCCCAACUUCUUCUGGGACGCCGAACCCACACUCCACCCCCUCUACACCGCCGUCCGCGAAUACCUCGAAAUCAAACCCCGCAUCCAGGUCCUCAACGAGCGCUGCCAAGUCUUCCUUGACCUCGGUGAAAUCCUCUCAGACUCCAUUAGCGACAAGAAAAUGACGAAAAUCACCUGGAUCAUCAUUGUGCUCAUUGUUCUGAGUAUCUGCAUCACGUGCUUGGAGGUGCUGCUUCGUUUUGCUAUUCUGCAAAAGGGGAGGACGAAUGUGCCGGUGCAGGGAAUGAAUGUUGGGGCUGGGAGUGGAUUGAAGGCUGUGGGACCCCCGGCGUAUGCGGGGCCGGCUCUGCUGGUGGCGAGGAGCUUGAUCUGGGUGGGUGGUGGGGUUAAGGGUAUGCUUGUGGGAUGA